UUCUGCAACACGACAGCACUACUUUAUUGCGCGGUGCAUCUAUGAGGCGUUGUUGUUGCGUUUGACACUCGACAAACAGGUUGAUUUAGAAGGAUUUUGUUGUAAUAAAAUGACAAUUUCACCAAAACAAACAGUGUGAGAGAUACAAUUUGCUACUCGUGGGAGUGUAAAGACCGCCAUGUUUAUUCACGUCAUUUGAAGAAAGAGUGUACCAGCAUGAUAAAGUAGUCAUUGCCUCGUAGACGAAAGCACCCUCUAACUCAGGAUGGCGGAAAGAAUUGAGGAGAUCCGAUCUGUUCGCAACACAGAUAAAGCCUAUGUGCUGGAGCAAGGACAGUUCGUUGAUGUGAAUACAUUUAAGAAGCAUCCGUGGAUAGUUUUGGAUAAAGUUACUAAAGACAGAUUACAUAUCGAAGGACAGUUUGUUUAUUAUCCUAAAACUGCUAAGGAAUAUUUACACGAAAGGUUCCCUACUCGACAAUUUCCACCGGACUUCAACGUCAGAGUUCAAGCCACCAUAACACUACCAGUGUAUAGUUUGAAAUACAGAUGUAUGCUUGCAAUUAGAAAUAGAUGCAAACUACCAAAAGACGUAGAACGGUUGGAAUUACCAAUAGGAAUAAUUGAGGAUCUCAAGAGGUCCAUUGCGUACAGAAAUGGUCAAAUGUUACAACCAAUAAUAAGGAUAGUCUGAUUAGUAGUUAGUGGUGAUUAUAUUAUUUUUAUUUCUCUCUGUUUGUUUAUACCUAUAUAUGUAUCUAUAUAUACUAUAAGAGUAAAUCUAAAAAGACACAAUUAAAAAAA